AUGUCCCUCCUCACCCCCGUGCUGGCGCGCACCGCGUCGGCCACCGCGUCGACUUCGCGCGCGUUCGCUACCUCGACCCAGGUCCUUGCCGCCAAGCCUGCUGCCAACAAGCGCAUGGUUAAGCAGACCCUCGGCGGUAUGAAGAAGCCCAAGGUCGCUACCGGCGGUGGUGGUGGUCGUAUCAAGGUCGGCGGUAUCGCCCUCCGCCCGGCCGACGUCGACGCGCCCGCAGACGUCAGCGACUAUAUCCAGCUGUACCCCGAGUCGCUCACCGUCGCCAACGUCGGCAAGCCCUCGACCUACCCCAACGACACUGUGCGCUCGCUCAACUCGUUUGGCCUCCCGCGCAAGAUUGCAAAGGAGAUGGGCUACGGCAGCCCGGCAACUGUGAUCCGCCAGUCGACUGUGGACCUCAAGAAGACGCUCGACGCGGCCAAGGCCGGCUCGUCAAAGGACUCGCGUUACGUGCUCUCGGGCGCGCGCGGGUCGGGCAAGUCGACGCUUCUCAUCCAGGCCGUGUCGUACGCCCUCGAGUCGGGCUGGGUCGUCCUGUACGAGCCCGAGGCGCGCAAGUGGGUCGACUCGAGCUCGGCGUUUGCCUACGACGACGCAUCGCAGACGUUCCACCAGACCCAGCUUGCCGCGCAGCUCCUGGAAAAGCUCCAGUCCAUCAACAAGGACCGUCUGGCGUCCAUCAAGCUCGCCAAGGCUGUUGAGGUUGGCACCACCAUCAAGCUCGCCGAGGGCGCCAAGCUCUCCGAACUCGUGGCUGCCGGUGCCAAGGACGAGCGCUUGGCCGUCCCCGUCCUCGAGGCUGUCCUCGACGCGCUCGCAACGCAGACUUCCGUCCCGGUCCUGUUCGCCAUUGACGACGUGCAGUGUCUUUUCCAGAGGACCAAAUACCGCAAGCCAGACUACUCGCUCCUCGAGUCGUACCACCUGUCCACCCCGCGUCUCUUGCUCCAGUACCUCACUGGCAACAAGAACUUUGCCAAGGGCGCCAUCGUCGGCUCGACCUCGCUCUCGGCCACAGACUACUUGCCCACGGCCGAGUUCCUCUCGGGCCUCAACCUCGAGACCCGCUCCGCUGUGAGCCCUUACACCAAGCUGGACGAGUACCACCUCGCCCACGCCAAGUCGGGCAUCAAGACCAUUGCCGUGCCCUAUGGCAUGACCGGUGCCGAGGCCGCGGGCAUGUACGACCUCUGGACCCGUAAGGGCUGGACCGUCAACAAGAGCGACGACGUGUUUGUCAACGGCCUCGCCCAGUCGGCCGGAAACCCCCAGGAGAUGGUCCGUGGGUGGACUCUGUCGCAUGCCAGCUACAUUGUCUAA